CCCCUCCCCGCGGCCGCUGAAGCUGAACAGCCCUUUCACAGUUCCAGCUCCUCAGAUCUCCAUUUUCUUAUUUUCGGAUAUCCAGCUGCAGAAGACUACAAGCUUUGAAAAAUGAAUGAAGAAUACGACGUUAUCGUCCUGGGCACCGGCCUUAAGGAAUGCAUCCUAUCAGGCAUCAUGUCCGUGAAGGGUCUGAAGGUUCUGCACAUGGACCGCAACUCGUACUACGGUGGUGAAAGUGCUUCUAUCACGCCUCUUGAAGAUCUUUACAAGCGCUUCAAUAUUCCUGGUAAUCCCCCAGAAUCUAUGGGGAAGGGCCGAGAUUGGAACGUGGACCUCAUCCCAAAGUUCCUCAUGGCUAAUGGUCAGCUGGUCCGCAUGCUGCUGAUCACACAGGUGACUCGUUACCUGGACUUUAAAGUGGUUGAAGGCAGUUUUGUGUACAAGGGGGGCAAAAUCUAUAAGGUCCCCUCCACUGAGACUGAGGCUCUGGCUUCCAGCCUCAUGGGGUUGUUCGAGAAACGACGCUUCAGAAAGUUCUUGUGCUUCAUUGCCAACUUUGACGAGAACAACCCAAAGACUAUGGAAGGUGUUGAUCCUAAAACAACAAAAAUGAGGGACAUUUACCAGAAGUUCAGCCUGGGACAGGAAGUUAUCGACUUUACCGGUCAUUCUCUGGCACUCUACCGCACAGACGAUUACCUGGAUCAACCCUGCAUCCAUGCAAUAAACAAGAUAAAGCUGUACAGUGAGUCUCUAGCCAGAUAUGGCAAAAGUCCUUACCUCUAUCCUCUGUAUGGACUGGGAGAACUGCCUCAAGGCUUUGCCAGACUGAGUGCCAUCUUUGGAGGGACGUACAUGUUAAACAAGCCCAUAGAUGAGAUUGUGAUGGAGAAUGGGAAGGUGGUGGGAGUGAAGUCUGAAGGAGAGAUUGCAAAGUGCAAACAGCUGAUCUGCGACCCCAGCUAUUUUAUGGAUCGUACAGAAAAAGUGGGCCAGGUGAUCAGAGCCAUUUGCAUCUUGAAUCAUCCCAUUGCCAACACUGGUGACGUCAACUCCUGCCAAAUCAUCAUCCCUCAGAAUCAAGUCAACAGGAAGCAUGACAUCUACGUUUGCAUGAUCUCCUCUGCUCACAACGUGGCAGCAAAGGGUAAAUACAUUGCCAUCGCCAGCACCACGGUGGAGACGAACGACCCCGAGAAGGAGAUCAAGCCGGCCCUGGACCUCCUGGAGCCCAUUGAGCAGAAGUUUGUCAGCAUCAGCGACCUGUACAAACCCACUGACUCCGGCACUGAGAGCCAGAUCUUCAUUUCCAGCUCAUACGAUGCCACAACCCACUUCGAGACCACCUGUGAGGACAUCAAGGACAUCUACUGCAGGAUGACGGGCUCGGAGUUCGACUUUGCUGAGAUGGAGCGCAGAAAGCAGGACAUCUUCGGUGACACAGACUAGAGACAAUUUAACUGUAAAGCUCUUGAUCAUUAAAGACAACAAAAAUCUAAUAAAAAAUAAAUAAAAAUAACUUACAUGAAUAUCUUGCCACUGUGGGCUGACCAAAUAUCCAAGUAUAAGGGUUUGUCCACAGAGUUUUUGAUCUAUAGACAGAUGUGGUUUGGGGGAUGGAUGAUGCUUUUUUCAGAUUGAAUACUGCACUAAACAGUGGUUUAUGUGUGUUAGAAAGAUAGAUCUGACAUCAUUGAGUCAUUGUACUAAAAUAAUGCAUAGUCUGAACAUGCCAAAUCCAGAGAUGAAUCAUUCUCAGUCAAAUCAAAGGUUUAUUUUAUUUUAUUUUUUGGGGGGGAUUGGUAUGUCACUGUUUGAGUGCUGCAAGACUAAAAAAAA